AUGUCGGCUCUCGUCAUCCCCCCCGGCGGCACCAUCCUCGACACCUUCAAGGAGUCCUUCGUCAACGUGCCCGUCAACAAGGACAACGACAACGCCGUAUCCACCACCCAGUUCCUCAACGCCGCCGAGUCCCUGACCACCAUCUUCGACGCCCUCGGCUCCGUCGCCUUCUCCCCCGUCAAGUCCGACCUGAACGGCAACAUCAAGAAGCUGCGCGAGCGCCAGCUGGCCGCCCCCGCCGAGUCCGAGACCGUCCAGAGCCUGGUGCUCAACGAGCUCAAGACCAAGAAGCACGUCGCCACCGAGGGCCUGGUGUGGCUGGUCCGCGGCCUCGACUUCACCUGUAUUGCGCUGUCCCAGAACGUCGCCAAGGAGACCGAGGAGCUGGCCGACUCGUUCCGCAAUGCCUACGGCUCGACCCUCAAGCCCCACCACAGCUUCCUCGUCAAGCCCGUCUUCAGCGCCGCCAUGAGCGCCUGCCCCUACCGCAAGGACUUCUACCUCAAGCUGGGCAGCGACCCCGAGAAGGUCAAGACCGAGCUCCGCCCCUACCUCAAGGCCCUGGAAGACAUUGUCGCCAUCCUCAAGGGUUUCUUGGACCGCAAGGAGGCCAAGUGGUAA